GAGUCCGGCGUUUGCUCUGGGCUGGGGGAAGGCGGUGGCGGAAAAGGAGGAGGAGCCGGGCCGGCAGGAGGCAGCGGCGGCGAUCGCGCUGGGGUGAUGGUGCAGGUGCUUGGGGCCGGCGCGGAGCUGCCCGGCUGAGGGGCGCCUGGUCCGGGGUCCGCAGCGCCGCCGCGUCUCUCCCGGAGGCGGGCGGGCGGGCGGGAAGAUGCUGAGCAGGUUGAUGAGCGGCAGCAGCAGGAGCCUGGAGCGCGAGUACAGCUGCACCGUGCGGCUGCUGGACGACAGCGAGUACACCUGCACCAUCCAGAGAGAUGCCAAAGGCCAAUACCUGUUUGACCUUCUCUGCCACCACCUGAAUCUACUGGAGAAAGACUAUUUUGGGAUCCGCUUUGUGGACCCUGAUAAGCAGCGGCAUUGGUUGGAGUUUACAAAGUCUGUGGUGAAGCAAUUGAGAUCCCAGCCUCCGUUCACCAUGUGUUUCCGUGUGAAGUUUUAUCCUGCAGACCCUGCGGCCCUGAAAGAAGAAAUAACCAGGUAUUUAGUCUUCCUGCAGAUCAAAAGGGAUCUCUACCACGGCCGCCUCCUCUGUAAAACAUCAGAUGCUGCCUUGUUAGCAGCUUAUAUCCUUCAAGCGGAGAUUGGGGAUUAUGACCCAGGAAAACACCCCGAAGGCUACAGCUCCAAGUUCCAGUUUUUCCCUAAACAUUCAGAGAAGCUGGAAAGGAAGAUUGCUGAGAUUCACAGGACAGAGCUCAGUGGUCAAACACCAGCAACUUCAGAGCUGAACUUUUUAAGGAAAGCGCAGACAUUGGAGACGUACGGAGUGGACCCCCACCCAUGUAAGGACGUGUCAGGAAAUGCUGCGUUUCUGGCCUUCACUCCUUUUGGGUUUGUUGUUCUGCAAGGAAACAAGAGAGUCCACUUCAUUAAAUGGAAUGAGGUGACCAAGCUGAAAUUUGAAGGAAAGACCUUUUAUUUAUACGUAAGUCAGAAAGAGGAAAAGAAAAUUAUUCUCACAUAUUUUGCUCCAACUCCAGAAGCCUGCAAGCACCUCUGGAAAUGUGGAAUUGAGAACCAAGCCUUCUACAAGCUGGAGAAGUCAAGCCAAGUGCGCACAGUGUCCAGCAGCAAUUUAUUCUUUAAAGGGAGCCGGUUCCGAUACAGCGGCCGAGUUGCAAAAGAAGUAAUGGAGUCCAGUGCCAAGAUCAAGCGGGAGCCGCCAGAAAUACACAGAGCGGGGAUGGUCCCCAGCCGCAGCUGUCCCUCCAUAACCCAUGGCCCAAGGCUGAGCAGUGUCCCCAGGACCCGCAGGAGAGCUGUUCACAUCUCCAUCAUGGAAGGCCUGGAGUCCCUGCGGGACAGUGCCCACUCCACUCCGGUACGUGCCUCCUCCCACGGGGACACGUUCCUGCCUCACGUGAGAAGCAGCCGGGCAGACAGCAACGAGCGAGUCGCCGUGAUUGCAGACGAGGCUUACAGCCCUGCGGACAGCGUGCUGCCCACCCCCGUGGCCGAGCACAGCCUGGAGCUGAUGCUGCUCUCCCGGCAGAUCAACGGGGCGACCUGCAGCAUCGAGGAGGAGAAGGAGUCUGAGGCCAGCACCCCGACUGCCACUGAGCUGGAGGCCCUCGGGGGCGAGCUGAGGGCCCUGUGUCAGGGGCACAGCAGGCCGGAGGAGGAACAGGUGAAUAAGUUUGUUUUAAGUGUCCUCCGUUUGCUCCUUGUGACCAUGGGACUCCUCUUUGUUUUGCUCCUCCUCCUGAUCAUCCUUACUGAGUCUGACCUUGACAUUGCCUUUUUCCGCGAUAUCCGCCAGACCCCCGAGUUUGAACAAUUCCACUAUCAAUACUUUUGUCCCCUCAGGCGAUGGUUUGCCUGCAAAAUCCGCUCAGUGGUGAGCCUGCUCAUUGACACCUGAGAAGGCAUGAAUCCUCCCAAUAACUAGCCAGGUGGACCAAGGAGCCCGGCUACCCAUUCCCAGCAAUGGGGCCCAUCGCGGAACCAUCGGCACAUGUUCCAAGUCCUCCUCUCAUGACUCAGAAAGUCUACAGCCUAGGAGGGUCGUUUCCUAGAAGAAGAAAGGGGAUAGGCACACGCCUUGUCUAAACUAACUGGGAAAACUCAUUUCCUUCAGAGGUUCUCUCAAGAAAGGCUCAGCAACUCCGUUUCUCAUCCUCCCAAUUUGCAGGAUAAUUUUUGGUUCUGGAUUUUGAUUUUUCAUAGAUGUGUAUUAUUUUGAAGAUAUCAAAAAUAAUUUAUUUUGUUAUUACUGAUUCUCACAGUAGUGUCACCCAGCAGACAAGACACUAGUUGAAGACUAGAGGGCUGUCGUCUUCUGUUUACUGCAGGAGCUUCCCUGCGGGGGGCCUGGCAGACACAUCACUGCAGCCUCAGCGGGGCAGGUCAGGGGCCUGGACAAUGGGGGCUGUCUAGGUUUUCUUCCCAGACAGAGCUUUUAAAAAAAAAAGUAAACAUCCAUGUAGAAUGAUUAAAUGGAAAGUUGCUUCUUAUGACGGUCUGAGUUGGAUUUUCUUUUCAUUUCUUUCAAAUCUGAGCAGAGUGGGCAUCUGAAACGACCACUGCUACAGCAGCAGCAGCAGCAGCAGGGGUAGGGUAAGUCUGUCCCCUUAGACUAGAUCCUAGGGAGCAUCACCAUGAGUUCUGUAUCAUGAACUUAGACUCCUGUGACUUUUUUCUAAGGACCUCAAGACUUUUACAGUGCUCCAGAAGCAAUAGGUAAAUUCAGUGGUGCCAGGGGUAGACAGCACUGUCAGACGUUGGACUAAGUACAGUUAACAGAAACCAGAGCUAAGGUACCGGAGAGACUGUUGAGAUCACACAGCAGUACUUAUUUUGUACACCCCUCUCCCUCUAGAAAAGACUAUUUCAAUUUAUAUUUUAACAAACAAAAUAUUAUUUUCUUAUCAAUUCACCUUUUGUUUUUACUUUAUGGAGUAAGAAAAAUAGAGCCUGAUGAACUUAAAAGAUGCAAGAAAGAAACUGAUCCUGAGAAUGAAAAGCUUCAGAAAAUAGAAUUCCAAGAUCAACCAAAACAGCCUUGGAAGGGACCAGGAAAAGAAUCUCUUUAAAUAAGAGUUCUAACAGAUGCCUCCAAAAGAAGGUGAACGUGGCAGAGACCAACACUUAGCUGUAGAAACACUGCCCCCUAGGGUCAUCCUCUGCACCAGGAAGAUGAAAGCUGUAGGAAAACGCUGGCUGUCCUGGCUGAGAGCCGUGGAAGCAGGCGGAAGCGUGAAGGGUGAGUGUGGGGUCCACGGCCCAAGCUCCGCAACACUUACAGCCGCUCACACACAAGAACUUGUUUUCAUCUCAGGGAGAGAUUUCCAAGUCAUGUGGGGCUGGAGGACGUGGGUAGGAUGGUCCGUGGACAGAUUCCUGGGGCGCGCAGGGCAGAGAGAGUCGUGUGCAGGUCUGCCUUGCCCUAGUGUGUCCUCUGAGGUGGCAGAACCAUAUCCACGUACAGAAUACAACAGCCAUGGAAUAGACAGUUCCUUUUUAAGGUGGGCAUUGCGAAAUUUUAAACGCCCUUUUAUCUAGAUCAAGGGUCGGCAAACUUCUUCUGUGAAGUGCCAAGUAGUAAAUAUUUUUAAAUUUUAGGUUUUGAAGGCCGUACUCUGUGGCAACUACUCCACUCUGCUGUCUGAGUUCAAAAACAGCCACAGGUAAUGUAUUGGAACAGAGCCUUGCUCCUUUAUGCAGUUUUUAUUUAUAAAAACAGAUGGUGAGCUGAAUUUGACCCACAGGCCAGAAUUUGCCAACCUCAAUCUAGACAACAGAACUGUUUCUUACCAGUGUGUGAGCAGGAGGGCCAGCUCUGCUGUGAUUCCUGACAGGUAAAGAUCCAGGAUCAUUUCCUAGUAGAGGCGCUGGGCUGGCUUGUUUAAAGGGUGCUCAAACAACCAACCAGCAAAGAGAUACCUGAUGCCACGAUGAGCAAGAUCAAGUACCGUAAUGCUAAUACGCAGCCAGAAUCGAAGCCUAGAAGAGGAGGGGCUGUCUGAUCAUUUCCAUACCAGCAACAAUUUGGGCAGAAUUACAAACAUCUGUUUUCCAAGUGACAAGACAAAACCUGAGGGAGAUCCUAGUCAAGAUUAGGGAUCACUCAGAACCAGACAGCCACUGCCACUUGUCAUCUACACAGGAAAGGCUUUACUAGCAGAGGACUUCAGUGAAAAGCAGACUCAAAGAGGACAAGGCUGUCAGGAGACUCGGGGCUGUUUUACCCUGGAUAUCUACUGUCUUAUGCAACAUAGCAGAUUACCUUUUAGUGUAGUGUUCCUACCUCAGUCUGUAGAAUAUGGUGUUUCUAUGCAGUGAGAGCCUGAACUCUGACCUUUCAUAUUCACAUUAACGAAAGAUGCAGUAUUCCAUAUCUUGGUAUGUUACUUGUAUCUAGAGUUCCAACAGUACAAUAGUCCACACGACUUCCAACAGCGGGAUCUGCUCUCUGAACAGAAACUUGUGGGUUAUUUUUUUUCCAGAGCUUAUCCUACCUACAAAAUACAGAUAGAUAGAAGAGUCUCCUUCAAUUUGCUUUUCACAUAAUGCUUGAAUAACAAACCUCCUCUGUUGGUGACUAGUCUUUUUUGCUAUCUCCCCCAUCAUUAAAAGUUGUUCACGUUUUUUAACCUAGUUUUACUGUGUUCCACUAUGUCUAUUUUCUCUCAAAAUUAGUUUGAUCUCAUUGUAGAAAAAGCAAUGGUUUCCAUAGCUUCAUCUAUCAGAGGAAAUAAAACUCUUACUGAAGAAUAGUGUACUGCAUCUUUAAGCAGUAGAAGGUAAACUACCUGCAAAUGUGAAUUUCUUAGUUUCAUUAAAAUAUAUAUAUAUAUAUAUAGUUGUUAACCUUUCGUGUGCCAAAAAUUCUAAGUUACAUUUUCCUUCAAAGCAAUGUACUUUUUUCUACAUAUGCAGUAUGUAGUUAGCAUAAAAUCGCUGGUGCCAUGAAAAUUAUUUUUAAACUUAAAUAAAUAUUUAAAUAUCA